AUGGCCAUGGCCGACCUCGUAAUGCCCCGACUGCCCGACCAGCAGCAAUCAUUCUGGCACCGCCAACCAACCGGCCACCAGCGCUCCUUCUCCUACCACAUGCCACAACCGCAACCACAACCGCAGUCGCAAUUCCACCACGCACUGCAACAGCAAUACCCUCAGCAGCAACAGCAGCAGCAGCAGCAGCAGCAGCAGCAAAGACAGCCAACACCACCGCAGUCGCAACCCCUUAUUCAGCAGUCUUCCGACAUCUCGCCUCUCAGUACCUCCAACAGCACGUCGCCAGUAUCACCGAAGAACUACCACGGCCGCCAGGUACGCCCGCUUUACGUGCCUGCCGUGCUACGUCCCAACGAGUACCCAUCCGACGCGCAAAGGCCCAUCGCCUCGCCCAAGGGUGACGGAGACGACGAUGAGCGUGCCAUCCGCUCCAGCGGCAGCUUCACCAGCCUGUUCGGCAUCUCGAGCCUGAGCAGGCUGUCGAGGAGGUCGACCGGCGACAGUGGCAAGAUUGUGGAUUGGGAUUGGGAUCUGGCAAACUACCCCCAGGUCCACGGCCAUCCCACCCGGAAGCACUGGAAGUCUGAUGCCGACUCCGAGGUCUGCGACGACCCGACCUGCAAGAAAUACUUCAACUACUUCGUUCGGCGCCAUCACUGCCGACGCUGCGGCAACAUAUUCUGUGACCCUCACUCCAGCUACGAGGUGCCACUGGACGAGAGCGCGAACUACAACCCUCGUGGCCUGCUCAGCCGCUCAUGCGCCCACUGCUACGGCGACUUCAAAGUAUGGCGCAGUCGGAAUAGCAGCGACGCCUCCAGUGCCGGUCAACGCCCUGCGAAAGGGAGUCAGACCGUGCCGGCGAGCCCAAUUUCGGCCAGUCCUGCAAAGGGAAGCCCGACCACCCCGGGCAAAGCCCAGGCUGAAGUGGCAGUCAGUGUGCCGAGCGACUGGAACUGGAGCACCUUCUGA